AUAUAGAUGGUUUUGUGCCCACAAACUAGUUAGGUCCAUAGACUAUAUUAGAAGCCAGAUUCUUAUUUUAUUCAAGUUGUAGCCUACGUCGGGAGAUAAAAGACAAAUAUACAAAGUGGGGUGAGAGAAGAAAGAAGAAGAAGAAGAAAAAAGGAAAUGGAGAGAGAUAGUGAAAUGAUAUCAUCAAGAUUCAAGAGGGUCUGUGUUUUCUGUGGCAGCAGCCAAGGCAGGAAGGCUACCUACCAAGAAGCUGCUAUUGAACUUGGCCAAGUUCUGGUUUCGAGGAACAUUGAUUUGGUGUAUGGGGGCGGCAGCAUAGGCCUCAUGGGGUUGGUCUCACAAGCAGUUCAUGAUGGCGGUCGGCAUGUCAUUGGGGUGAUUCCCAAGACACUCAUGCCCCGAGAGCUGACUGGGGAAACAGUAGGAGAAGUGAAAGCUGUUGCAGAUAUGCACCAAAGGAAAGCUGAGAUGGCAAAGCAUUCUGACGCUUUUAUUGCCUUACCAGGUGGUUAUGGGACUUUAGAGGAGUUACUUGAAGUCAUAACAUGGGCUCAACUCGGCAUCCAUGAUAAGCCGGUGGGAUUGCUGAAUGUGGAUCAAUAUUAUGAUUCUCUGUUGUCAUUCAUCGACAAGGCCGUAGAGGAAGGCUUCAUUAGUCCAAGUGCUCGCCACAUCAUUGUAUCUGCACCAACCGCAAAGGAACUUGUCAAGAAAUUGGAGGAGUACGUGCCUUGCCACGAACGAGUUGCUUCGAAACUCAGCUGGGAGAUGGAGCAGCUUGGCUACUCUCAUGAUUAUGAUCUGUCGAGGUGAUGAUUGGAUCGGUUUCAAGAAAGCUAACUUGGGAUUUUAGGAAAACCUUUUUUUGUAAAUGUAAAUGGUAAUCAGCGAUUUGCAAUCUGUAACUAUUGAAUUGCAUUAUGUAAUUUCCUCACUGAUGGAGAAGUAUCAUUCCCUUUAUGUAA